GCGACCGGGGCGGUUCUUUCCUGGGUGGGGUUUGUGAAGUCGUGGCCCGUUAGCAGGAAGUCGAGCAAGUCUCCUGGACGCUAGCGAGGGACCAAAUCCGAACCCCCAGCCCCUGUACUUAGAGCCGUGUGUAGUGUGUGCUCAACCCUGCCCGACAGCGCCAAGCCGAACUUCGCUAACUUCGUCGCCUUUGCCGCCACCAUGCCCAAGACGAUUAAUGUGCGUGUGACCACCAUGGAUGCAGAGCUGGAGUUUGCCAUCCAGCCCAACACCACUGGCAAGCAGCUGUUUGACCAGGUGGUGAAGACUAUCGGUCUGAGGGAAGUUUGGUUCUUUGGUCUGCAAUACCAGGACACUAAGGGCUUCUCCACUUGGCUGAAACUCAAUAAGAAGGUCACUGCCCAGGAUGUGCGGAAGGAAAGCCCCCUGCUCUUCAAGUUCCGGGCCAAGUUCUACCCUGAGGAUGUAUCUGAGGAAUUGAUCCAGGAUAUCACACAGCGCCUGUUUUUCCUGCAAGUGAAGGAGGGCAUUCUCAAUGAUGAUAUUUACUGCCCACCUGAGACUGCUGUGCUGCUGGCUUCCUAUGCUGUCCAGUCCAAGUAUGGUGAUUUCAAUAAGGAAGUCCACAAGUCUGGCUACUUGGCUGGGGACAAGUUGCUGCCACAGAGAGUCCUGGAGCAGCACAAACUCAACAAGGACCAGUGGGAGGAGCGGAUCCAGGUGUGGCAUGAGGAGCAUCGGGGUAUGCUCAGGGAGGAUGCUGUCCUGGAGUAUCUGAAGAUUUCCCAGGACCUGGAGAUGUAUGGUGUGAACUACUUCAGCAUCAAGAACAAAAAAGGCUCAGAACUGUGGCUGGGGGUAGAUGCUCUCGGUCUCAACAUUUAUGAGCAAAAUGACAGACUGACUCCCAAGAUAGGAUUCCCCUGGAGUGAAAUCAGAAACAUUUCUUUCAAUGACAAGAAAUUUGUCAUCAAACCCAUUGACAAAAAAGCCCCGGACUUUGUCUUCUAUGCUCCCCGGCUACGGAUUAACAAGCGCAUCUUGGCCCUGUGCAUGGGAAAUCAUGAGCUGUACAUGCGCCGCCGCAAGCCUGACACCAUUGAGGUACAGCAGAUGAAGGCACAGGCCCGGGAGGAGAAGCAUCAGAAGCAAAUGGAGCGUGCUCUGCUAGAAAAUGAGAAGAAGAAGCGUGAGAUGGCAGAAAAGGAGAAGGAGAAGAUUGAACGGGAGAAGGAGGAACUGAUGGAGAAACUGAAGCAGAUUGAAGAACAGACUAAGAAGGCUCAGCAAGAGCUGGAAGAACAGACCCGCAGAGCCCUGGAACUUGAACAGGAACGGAAACGUGCCCAGAGUGAGGCUGAAAAACUGGCCAAAGAGCGUCAAGAAGCUGAAGAGGCCAAAGAGGCCCUUUUGCAGGCCUCCCGAAACCAGAAGAAGACUCAGGAACAGCUGGCCUUGGAAAUGGCAGAGCUGACAGCUCGUAUCUCCCAGUUGGAGAUGGCCCGACAGAAGAAGGAGAGUGAAGCUGUGGAAUGGCAGCAGAAGGCUCAGAUGGUACAAGAAGACUUGGAGAAGACCCGUGCUGAGCUGAAGACUGCUAUGAGUACACCUCAUGUGGCAGAGCCUGCCGAGAAUGAGCAAGAUGAGCAGGAUGAGAAUGGGGCAGAGGCCAGUGCUGACCUACGGUCUGAUGCCAUGGCCAAGGACCGCAGUGAGGAGGAACGCACCACUGAGGCAGAGAAAAAUGAGCGUGUGCAGAAGCACCUGAAGGCCCUCACUUCAGAGCUGGCUAAUGCCCGUGAUGAGUCCAAGAAGACUGCCAAUGACAUGAUCCAUGCUGAGAACAUGAGACUGGGCCGAGACAAAUACAAGACCCUGCGCCAGAUCCGGCAGGGCAACACCAAGCAGCGCAUUGAUGAGUUUGAGUCCAUGUAAUGGACACUCAGCCUCUAGGGACCCCUCCUCUCUUCUUCCUUUCCCACAUAGUCCUACACUCUUGCCUAACUCACACUGUGCUGGAGCCACUAACUAGAACAGCCCUGGAGUCAUGCUAAGCAUUCAGUUCAGCCAUGAGACCAAACCUAGCUCUCAGCCCUCACUCACAACUCUGGGCAGAGAGAUGUGACCCACUAUGGUGCCCGUGGGACCCUGCUUCUAUGUCCCAUCCAAUCUAGCUUCCUUAGAAGAGACCACUUCCCCAGCUGAGAGGCACCUUCUGACUUGAUUUGGGAAGCAAUCCCCACAUUUACUGUGCUGCAGGAGUCAAGUGUGGAGUAAGCUGAAAACUAGCUCAUCCUUGCCCCAUCACCACCUUCCUCUUCAGGGUCCUGUGAUUUUCAGAAUUGGAGUGUUUGUCACAGGACUUAGAGAAGGAGGCAGAGCCCUGGCUAUAUGCUCUAAGAUGUUAACUGACCUAGGAUUAGGCCUCCCAAUGCUCAUUCCUUCUAGACCUAUUUAGGCUUUGUAAUGAUUGGGUUCUUUUUUUUAAAAAAGAUGCUCUGUCAUACUUCUCUCUACCUCCCAUAUUGUGCCUGUUAUAAACUCAGUCCCAGUAAGCCUUGUCCCUAAGUUCAGUGACUUAGUUUUUCUCCUGGGUAAGGUGGGGGUAGACAGUGCCUGUACAAUGUUUCAUCAACAGUCUAGAAGGCUAUUGGCAAUUCACUUCAAGCAACUGUGACACAGUGAUUUUCAAAGCUGUGUUCUUCCCCUGUAUUGUCCUGCCUCAAUAUCUUAUGGGAGCCUAGGCUUAAGUGACCUCAGUGGGAAGAGGUUAUCUCUUAGUAUUCUGGGUUCUUCAUACCUUCUUGGGAUCUGUCCCUCCCCAGUUCAAUCCCCACAUCCCCUCCAGCUAGAACAGUAAGGAUGGUUAUCCAAAAACCCAGCCAGCCCCAUCCAGGACUUUUGUCAAAGGAAGGAAUUGUUGACACCUGGAUUCAGCAUUUUCCCUGCCAGGGGUCCCAGGCCACUUCUUCUAACAGUUACUUGGGUCAUAGCUCCUGCUUCAGGGCCAUCCAGGUCUUGGUAUGGUGAGGCUUGGAGUUGAUGCCAGUUGGCUCAAAUGGUGAGUGGGUGGAAGAAGCUAAGUGUACUGACAAGAGGGAGGCCUGGAUGCCACAGUUUGCUUAACUCCUUCAAGGGUUAAUUCCUGUAACCACCCUCCAAGAUGGUGGCUGGGUGCUGACUGUGUUUGACAAACCUCUAAUCUAGGUCCUGCCACCAUCUGUGCCAUUCCUUGGAACUGUAAACCAGAGAACUGUUGGGGCCUCUGACCUGGUCUCUUCCACACCCUGACCCAGGAGCAUCUUCUUCCUCUUCUCUGUCUCAUGUGUGCUCUUUUUCUUUCUACCAGUAUUAUGUAUCUUAGUGGCAUCUAUCUCAAUAUUGAUUUCUAUGUUUCUUGCUAACGUACCCUUAGAAGAUAUUAGUCUUAGGGCGGGAUCAUUUUGGCUUAAUUCCUUUACCACCCCCAUACCUGGGAAGCAUAUACUAUAUUAUAAAAGAAUACUUUGCCAGAAACAAUGUAAGAAGCUUUCAGUGUUAGUGAUGUCAUCUGUCAUUAUAGGUCAUAAAAUCCAUUCUUAAAGUGCUUGGUAUUUGGUUUUAUUGUUUUCUUUCUUUCUUUCUUUUUUUUUUUGCCUUCUCUCCAGAGUUCAGUCCCCAAGGGGUCAUACUGUCCCUCCAUGCACAUCCCUCCAUGCACUGCCUCUAGCCCAGAGCCCAUGGCUUUGAUCUUCCUCCACCCCCACCCCCACAAUCCCUCACAUGACCUUGGGGAGGCUUAUGUGCAUUGCUGUGAAAUGUAUUGACACUCUCUUGCUAAUAUGCCUUAUAUUAGUUAAAUUCAAACCUGGAAUUGUGGGGCAAUCUAGAUACCUUAAGGACAGUAACCCACCCCCAGGGAGUCUCAGGAGAAAGGUUAGAUUUUGUAUUCAGGUUUUUGUGUAUGUGUAUUUUUGAUUUUUAAAAAUUGUAUUUGGAGGGGUUUAUGCUCAACCCAUGUUCAGUUUCAAUGCCAAUAAAAUUUAGGAAGACUUCA